CUGCGCGGAAGCUGCCCCCAGCCGAUGUGCACAAGCUGGCUGUUUCAGCACUAGAGCCGAGGACAGCUCCCAUAUCUGCUAUUACCGGGGAGGCCGGGGCUGCGCUCAGGUGCAGCUUGUACCUGCGGUUUAUCAGCGAAGGAGAUCCCAAAAGGUAUUUAAAGAACAUACGGCUGCUCAUCCAGGGAAAAAACAGACGUCGCCUUUCCUCAUCAGCUACUAUAACGUCCCUUUGAUUCUUGCAGGUCUGGUAGUACUUAUUGUCACUGACAUCCAGCAAUGAACGCUGCACGACGCUCAGCAGUGGUCGGGUCAGACCUCACCUCUGUGGCUACAGAGCGUGCUGCCACCAACAUCACUGAGACACCGAGUAAACAAGAUGUCUUCUCACACAUGAAAGACAAGUUCAUGAAUGAGCUGAGCAAGAUUCCAAUUCCACCCUGGGCCUUGGCUGCUAUCGUGAUUGUAGUUGGCGUUUUGCUGCUCUGUUGUUGUUUCUGUAUCUGCAAGAAAUGCUGCGGGAAAAAGAAGAAAGGCAAGAAAGGCAAAGAGAAGGGUAAGGCUCAGAUCAACAUGAAGGAAGUAAAGGACCUCGGCAAGAGCUACAUUGACAAGGUUCAGCCAGAUGUGGAAGACCUAGAUCCUGGUUUGCUGGAAGCAGGGAUAAAGGAAGAGAAACAGGAGAAACUAGGAAAACUGCAGUAUUCCCUGGAUUAUGAUUUUCAGAAUGGACAGCUGAUUGUUGGCAUUAUUCAAGCUGCUGAACUCCCUGCCCUAGACAUCGGUGGAACAUCGGAUCCAUACGUCAAAGUUUUCUUGCUUCCAGAGAAAAAGAAAAAGUUUGAGACAAAGGUCCACCGGAAGACACUUAACCCAACCUUUAAUGAGUCCUUUACAUUUAAGAUUCCAUAUGCUGAGUUGGGAGGCAAGACACUAGUGAUGGCUGUAUAUGAUUUUGACCGCUUUUCUAAGCAUGACGCAAUUGGAGAGAUUAGGAUUCCCAUGAACACUGUGGAUCUGGCACAUGUGAUUGAAGAAUGGAGAGAUCUGCAGUCCGCUGAGAAAGAGGAGCAAGAAAAAUUGGGUGAUAUCUGUUUCUCCCUGCGCUAUGUUCCCACUGCUGGAAAGCUAACAGUUAUCGUCCUGGAAGCCAAAAACCUGAAGAAGAUGGAUGUGGGAGGACUGUCAGAUCCUUACGUGAAGAUCCAUUUAAUGCAGAACGGUAAGCGGCUGAAGAAGAAGAAGACAACCAUUAAGAAGAACACCCUGAACCCGUAUUAUAAUGAGUCCUUCAGCUUUGAGGUACCCUUUGAGCAAAUACAGAAAGUUCAGGUGGUCCUGACCGUACUUGAUUAUGACAAGCUUGGUAAAAAUGAAGCCAUCGGUAAGAUCUUUGUAGGCUGCAAUGCCACAGGAGCAGAGCUUCGUCACUGGUCUGACAUGCUUGCCAAUCCCAGGAGGCCUAUUGCCCAGUGGCACACACUGCAACCCGAAGAAGAAGUUGACACCAUGCUGGGGAUGAAGACUUCCUGAUAACACUUCCACAGCUCUGUGUAUAUAUCUGUGUGUACAUAUAUAUAUCUGUGUGUGUGUACAGGAGGAUGCAUGCGUGAUGAAUGUAUGAGUGAAAAUGUGUGUGUGCAUGUGUGUGUGUGUCAGCGUGUGUGCCCUGUACUAGCAGUGAUGACACAUGUAGCUUUGAAAUGCCCUCUGUUUUUUUGUGGCUAUAUUUGUAAAGUAAAUAUAAUAUUUAUAUGAUUAGAAUGUUUAAAAGAAACAGUAUCCAGUUAUUGUGACCUCAAUAAAAAAAGAAAAACAUCUCACCAACAAAACAGGUGCAGUUACAAAAUCAUUUAGUUUUAUAAAAUGGGAAGGUUUAAUAUGGCUAAGGAUCAACCAGCUGGAGAUGCAGAGCUGGCCUGGGGUACAGGGGGACCAGAUAAAACAUGUGUUUGGGGGGUAACUGAUAUAUCCACACAGACAAGGCCUAGAAGUAAACUGUUCAUAUUAACAUUCCAUUUAAUACAGUAAACUGACAAUGGAUUUGUAUUUUACACUGAUUUAUUAUAAAAAAGGAUGAUGUUUAUGUAUUUCAUUCCUUUACUGCAGUCAUGCUGUGUGUUCAAGCCACCUAAAAAUCUAAUGGUGGUCAUGUGACUUGGUGUUCUUGUAACCUAAAGCCGCUGUCUCUCCUGCUUUGCAUUUCACAUUUAUGUCUCAUUGGGAGUGACAACCCACAUAUUAACAAUAUGGCAUGUAUACAGGUGUUAAGUGUUUAGAAGGUGGGCAGGUACCCAUUUGAAGGAGUCCCACCUAGUACUGUCCAGGUAUUCGAGUGUGCUUGUUUAGCUCCAUGAAGACAUUAUGGAAAUCUAAAGCUUUUCUUACUUUUAAUACUUUCCUUGCAGAUAACGCAUUUUAUAUGUAUUACUGUUAUUUGUAUUAUUGGUUUUAUAUUUCAAAAUGUGUCCUGACUUUAUCUGACUUUCAAAUGCUUAGUAAGACUGAAACAAAAUUCAAUAAACAGGAAGUGCUGUUGAGUUUGCUAAUGACUAACAAUGUCUACAAAGGUUCUAUUUUUUCCAUGAUCUAUUCAGUGUUUGUGUGAAAAAAUAAAUAAACAAGGCAUAAUCUGUG